GCGUCUGUGAUCGAGAGUAGCAAAACGCGUUCGGGCGCGCAGCGCGCGUUUUGUUAAAACUUCGCGAUGUUUCCACGGCAGAGACGCGUGCGGAAAAGUGACCAUGGAAAUCUUCAGAGGAAGAUUCUUGGCGACAUUGAGAACACCAUAUCCAACGAGGCAAGUAUUCCUGCAAAGAGAAGGACCAGCAGCAGACAUCAGAUGCAGGGAAAACCAGCGGCGGCGGCCACCCUGUCUGUGCAACCAGCUCCAGGGAUGCCGGAACUGGGAAUGAGCCCCAUCAAGAGACGGUCCUCGGGUCGGUCUGGGAGAAGGCCCAGCAGUGCUGCCUCGGCACAUGUUGUCACGUCGACGCCCGGCCACAUGCCGUCCCAGCCAGUGCUUCCAGUGACACGGCCAGAAGAGCCAGCACCUGACGACGGUUCAUUUGAUCUAGGUUGCAGUGCUGAUGCAUGCUCACACCUGUUUGACACGACCAUGGCAUCGAGCCGGGAGUCGCGCACAAGCUCUUCACCACCACGAAGCCGCCGGGGUAUGCGACAUGUUGACAGCCCCGAGCUGUCAGUCCAGAAAGUCAGGCGAACGUACUCCCGCGGGGAAAGGCCUGCAAGGAUUGCCGUCAGGCUGUUUGAAGACCCGGACGUCUCCGAUCGCACAGAAGAAGACCAAGAGAACUUCUUUGAGCUGCUCGAAGAGCCACCGGUCAAGAAGACCAGGGCACCCAAGCCUAAGGCUCAGAAAGAGAAUAAUGAGUUCGAGGAGUGGGCAGACAAGAUGGCGGCGGAGUUCGAGGAAAUCGAAAAGUUCCAGUUGUGUUUCAACUAAUACUCGCCACUGUCACAGCUGCACCCGGUUCAUUGGGUUGUUUGCGCGAGAUGUGUGGAAGGGAGGAAGCGAGGUACUGGGCAACACAGGUGCAAACUUUCAACCGGCAUUUUCAUCGAAAUUCGCGGCCAUUUUCGAGCACUUUCUGCUGCGAAAAGCAAGAAAUGGGACAAAGACAGAAAAUUUAACGAAGGCAUACUUAUUUCAUUAUCACUGCCUUUUCCCGCAAACGAACUCCACGAAGUGUACUACGCAGAGGCUCAUCAUUAUUUUUCUGUCGCUGAAGUUGACAGCUGACCAGAGAAGGCAUCUGGGGUAGUUCUGUUAUUUAUUUUAUUUACUUAUUUAAUGGUACCUUAUAGACCUCGGAUUAGUCGUUCUGCAAGGAGGCAGUACAAACACCGAUUUUUGCUACCUGAUAUGCAUAAACAGCAGUAUAAUCUAGAGUGAAUAAUUGUAAGUGCAGCCCUAAAAUUAAUUAGUUAAAUUAGCAUUAGUAAAAACAAGAACACAAAAGGCACAAUUUUUAAUAAGUGAUUAUUCACACAAGGUAUUUUCUGCAAACUUGUGUAGUUUAGCUAUUAUGAAAUGUUAUGCACUGUUACAGUUUACAUGAGGAAAAUAAAAAAAAAAAAGGCUAUUGAUACAACGGUGCUAUGAGUUAGCAGUGUAGGAAUAAAAACAUUACAAUAAAACAGAGAGCACACUGUGAUGAUGGCAAUAAGUUACACGGCAAAACGUCUUGGUUGAGUGCUCGUUUCUCUUAAGAAAAUGCAAGUGUCCAGCAACAUUAGUCAGCGCCUGUAAUGCUGACAUACCCUACCGAAGUAUGCCGCGUGCGCUAAGGAUAGUUCAGGCUCUUGGAAUCUAUUAUUCGUGUGUUCCAUCAUUCUGGGCAACACGACUUGCCAUAGCCCUUGCCGGUUGGCUGCCAGUGUUGUCAGAACAAAACAAUGCGUAGUUGCAUCUUUGUAGCACAUGUCGCCAAACUGACUGAUGGGAACAUGCAGGUGCGCGGCAUAUUUUUGGUCAAGAGGUUUUGUCGUUAUGUCGCGUCAUCCAUACAAGAAACAAUGUAGACAAAAUUGGCCUUGGAUUAAAUCUGCUCAGACAAGCGGUAAACGAAGGCUUGUAUUAUUGGUGAUGCGAGACCAGGGAAGGUGAAGAAAAUGUUUUAAGUGUUUGUAACAUUCUCUGGCCUGUUAACACGCAACCAAAAGUGAGAACUGAUAAUAAACUCUUAAGAAAAAGUUGCAGUUAUUAAAUCGGUGGCACUUUUUACCGUUCCAUUUCAAAAUGGACGCUAAUUAAGUGCAUUCGUUUGUCUAAACUGAUGACCCAUUUAAUGAACAUAUCAAUGUUGAAACUUUUAUGAACAUUCACUGGUCUGUUAACAUGAACCGAAGGUGAGGGCUGAUAAUAAACUUGGAAGAGAAGUAGCUAUAAUCUCAUUGGUGGCAUUUAUUACUGCUCUGUUUGAAAAGGUAUGCUAAUUAAGUAUGUUCAUUUGUGCGUACAAAUCCAUAUGCCUUUGAUUGGAACUACCAGCUGAAAGUUUGCACUUGUUAUGACAGUGCCCUACUUUAUUGUGAGAGUUCCUCCUGCAACACGCAGGAAUUCAUGAGAAAGUGUUCAAUGACAGAGGCAGGUACAUAACACAUUAAUUUUAAUUGCACUCAGCACUGUCACAUAAAUGUACACCAAAUGCAUGUAUUUUUUUUUUGUCAAUUGGUCACACAAGAUAUAACUGUUUUUGUGCGAAUUGCAAUGUGGCCACAAACUGUAGUAUUUAUUACUUCAUUUACGUGUAUUAAGGCAAUAUUUUGUGUUUUUAUUGCUCGUGUAGAAUGAAAGUCCCACAACUAUGGGUCUUCCUGCAUUUACAGUUUUUUUUUUCAAUUGUACAUACAUUAGAGGGAAUAAUUUAUAUUUUUUAUAUAACUGAUGCAGAGUCAGUCUGUGUUGUCUCUUGUGCCGGACAUUGAUGCAGAUGAGUCAUUAGAAAAAAUGUAUAUCGCACGCGGCAAGUACGCCGCUCGUUGUAUUGUGUGUGUUCGUUGUCCGAAUGGGAAGUAAUAAAACGUUUUGACCAUGUGCUACUACUACUAA